CCAGGAAAGCAUGCUUCUUUUCUGUUCAGGAGGGCAGCCUGGUUGGGAAGACAGGGCACACAAAAGCUCCAAUGUGGGUACUAAGUGGCAGAUAAAGGUACAACAGAGAAGUGAGAGGAUUUCAGAGGAGGGACAGCAAGAUCACAGAGCAGCCAUGAAACUGAGAGCUACAACCUGCAGCAGAACAGAGGACCUGGGAGAGAACUGAGGCUUUUUUCUCGGCACUACUCAUGGCACCUGCUCAGAGCAAUCCCCAUUACCAGACAUUGCGGCCCCCUGAGAUGCCCACAGGGACCCCGAGAUGCCUGCAGUUCUCCUUGGCUUUCCUGCUGGCCUGGCAAGCUGCCCACCUGGCUCGGGCCCAGUGCGUGACUACUCAGCAGGCCCCCGGGGCCAGUUCCGCAUCCCCUGCUGCCCAGUGAACCUCAAGCGCCUUCUCAUCGUGGUUGUGGUGGUGGUCCUUGUCGUUGUGGUGAUCGUGGGGGCCCUGCUUAUGGGUCUUCACAUGAGCCAGAAACAUACUGAGAUGGUCCUCGAGAUGAGCAUUGGGGCACCAGAAGCCCAGCAACGCCUGGCCCUGAGUAAGCACGCGGGUACCACUGCCACCUUCUCCAUCGGCUCCACUGGCAUCAUCGUGUAUGACUACCAGCGGCUCCUGACUGCCUAUAAGCCAGCCCCAGGAACCUACUGCUACAUCAUGAAGAUGGCUCCAGAUAACAUCCCCAGUCUUGAGGCUCUCACUAGAAAGUUCCAGAAUCUACAGGCCAAACCUGCAAACCCUAAGCUGGGCCAGGAGGAGGGGCAUGAGGGAGGCUCUGCUUCCUCAGGAGGAGACCUGGCCUUCCUGGGCCUGGCGGUGAGCACCCUGUGUGGAGAGGUGCCUCUCUACUAUAUCUAGGAUUUCCAGGAUCUGUGGCAGUGAACCAGGCAGGAAAGAUCUGCAACCAAAGGGGAGAAGCCGCUCUGGUUCACAGCCCAGGGUCUGACCCUGGAGAAACGGGAGCGAGGAUGUGGGGUGUGUGGGGGGGUGUAUGGGGGAGAGAU